AGCUCCCAUUGGUCCAGAGGACUGUCGGUUUGAAGGGAUCAUUUCCCACGGUUCUGAUUGGAUGUUGUCGUUGCCCUCUGCUGAUGACGUCGGGCAGCCCUCUGCGUGUUUGCUAACUGUUAGCAGAGCAGUGGGUUACAGCUGUACCGCGCUGUUCGCACGCUGACGGCAGACCGGGAACCGCGUCUGGGACCGGUUUAAUGUUAGAGUUCACAUCGGGAUCGUUCCGGGAUUGUUCCGUUUUUACCAGGCCCCGGGGAUCCGCAGGACCUGGACCCCUCAUUCAGCUCAGAGAACCAGAUGGAUAAAAAUACCAGAAGAUUGCGGAAUCUGGACACCAACCCCUGCACUGAGGAGAGUGAUGCCUCUCAGAAGUGUUUGGACCACUACAACUAUGACAAAAGCAUGUGCUCCAUCUACUUUCAGAGAUACAAGAACUGCAGGAAGUACUGGCACAACAUAAUGGUGCAGAGGAGGAGAGACGGAGUCAAACCAGACAUGCCCACUGCAGCAGAGCGCCUGGAGAUGCUCAACAGCAUUGGAGGCAAACCAUACUAGGAUCGGUUAAAAACAGCUGUGAGCAGCAAAAUCAACACAGACUGCUUCUUAUUCCUUCAUUUAUGUGUUCUGGGACAUUCUGUAAAAAUGUGAUCAUCUGUACAAUAAAGAUAUAACACAACUA